AUGGAUGUCAGUGAGAUGACUGAGAAGCUCAGUUCAGAACUGACCUGUUCUAUUUGCUUGGAUCUCUUCACCCAGCCAGUGACCCUUGACUGUGGGCACAGCUUCUGCAGAGAGUGUGUCCUUCGGAGCUGGCAGGAAGCCCAAGUCCCAUGGACGUGCCCGCUGUGCAGGGCUAGCAGUAGGCCCAGAGCCUUAGAGUCCACCCGGGUCCUGGAGGACCUGACCAGCAUCAGCAGGCAGCUGAGACUUCCUGGAGACAUGUGUGGCCAACACCAAGCCGUUCAGAAGCUCUUCUGUGAAGAUGACUUCAGCCCCCUCUGUGUCUCCUGCUUACUCCCCCAAGAGCACGAAGGUCAUCGUGUGUAUCCCCUGGAAGAGUCUGCGGAGACAUUCAAGGGCCAGCUGCAGGAAGCCCUGGGCCAGGCCAGGGCCCAGGAGAGAGAGGCCCACGUGCUGCUGGAGCAGGAGAGAGCCAGGAGGCUGAGGUGCCGUAGGGAGGCCGCCAUUCUGAAGCGGGUCAUCCUGCCCGAAUACAUCAAAACUCACCUUGUCUGGACAGAGGACCAACAACAGGAUCUCCUGGACAUAGAAAAGAGAAGGAAUAUGAAUAGAUUAAGGGCCAGUGAGGCCAGAAUCUCUCGCUAUGUCCAAAGCCUAGAGAAGAUGACUGAGGAGCUGGAGAAGACUUUGGAGCAGCCCCUGGUGGAGAUGCUCCUGGCUGGGAGGAGCACUUUGCAAAGGAGUCGGGAGCUGCUGCUUUGCUGUCCAGAGCCUGCUGCCCUAUGCUGGACUCUGUGUGGAAUCACUGGAAUGAGGGAGCUCCUACUGGUCUUUCAAAGCCACAUCAGUCUGGAUCCAAGAACAGCCCAUUCCAGUCUCAUCCUUUCUGAAGAUCUGAAGAGCGUGAGGCUUGCUUUCCACUGGAGGGACCUACUGGCCAACCUGCAAGGAGAGGCAGAGUGUCCUCUUAUUGUGCUGGGUGCUCAGAGCUUCACCUCAGGGAGACAUUAUUGGGAGGUGGAGGUAGGAAGCAAGAUGGAGUGGGAAGUGGGCAUCUGUAGAGAGCCAGGAAACGACCAGGGCAGCAUCCAUGGGGGCGUGCUCUCCCUUGCCCACCUCAAAAUGAGAAACCAAUUCAACCUGUGGCUCUCUCACACCAUGGGAAACCCUGACGACACAGGACCACUGCACAGGCUGGGCAUUUUCCUCCACUACGAAGAGGGACACCUGUCAUUUUACAAUGUGACCCAGGGCUGCCUGAUCUACGCCUUUCCCCCAGUCACCUUCCAAGGUCCUCUCAGGCCUUUCUUCUCUCCUGGCCUUAUCCAUGAAGACAACCAGCCCAGCUCUGUCACCAUAUGUCCACUGAGCCCUCAUUCCUGAGGGAGCUCAUGCCCUUCCACCUUGCCUAGGCUCUGAGGCUCCAUUCAGGGAAAGGAUCCAUCAUGUGAAGAAUUCAUGACUGAGAAGGUUGGGGACUGGCAAGUAACACCCAGAGAUUGCAACAGGAAGAAAAUGCACCAGAGAGCUACCAAUGGAAAAGGAAAAACAAAACCACAAAAAAAGGGGCGAAGAGAUCUGGAGAACAAUUUUGGGAAUGGCCCCGAAGGGCUCUGAAAUUCUGCUUGCCUGCUGAUUCUGCCACACUCUGCCUAAGUCCUGAUGCCCAAGAGAUCACAAGAAUAGGUGGGAGGCUGGGGACAGAUUUCUACAAAAACAUUAGGAGCAGCUCUGGUGGUGAUAGGAAAACUACAAUAGGAAAUGGAGAGCCACUUCCAGCAGUUGGAGAAUGGUGGAACCAGGUGGUGCUACAUCAUUGUGCUGAAAUGGGAACAGUGCUCAAAA